AUGGGCAGGCUCUGGACCAACUCGGCACCCUGCCCAGCCCCGGGCUGGAUCUCUGCAGGAUCGGGCCCUGUGCUGCUGGCUGCCCCCGGGAGGGCUGCGGUGUCCACCUCCGUCUUCAUCGUGGCGGUCCUCGUCCUGCUGCUGCUCCUGUACCACCGGGACCCCAUGUGCUGCCAGUUCCUCUGCUCCUGCCGCUUCUUCCAGACCCCCAGCCAGUAUGACUGCCCCCCGCCCUACUUCAGCAGCAGCCAGCGGCUGGUGGGUCCCCAGUGCGGAGCGUCGCGGCUGGAGAGCGCUGCUGAGAACCCUGGCGUGCAGGGAGACGAGCUGUUCUGCGUCGGACCUCCCAGCAGCUACCAGCUCCCUUCCUGGGAGCAGCCCCGCUUGCCAAGCUACGAGAGCGUGCGGAAGAAAGAUCGCCAGAGGGAAAUCCAUCAGAUGAUUGCCGAGAGGUUUGGGCUGUGGGCAGAGCCCUCCCAGGAGAUGCCGCCUCCCUACGAGCAUGCUCUGAGGCAUCCUCCAGCUUUCUCAGGAACAGUAAUAAGCUCGGAGACCUUGGACAGACGUGGUGUGCCAGACCCUUUCCAGGCCCCUCUCAGCUGCCAAACUCAGCGAAACACGGACGUAUAAGGCCUCGGCCUCCACGUACUGCUUCUUCCUGUGGCGUCAGCGACAGAAGUGCCUGUGACAUCGUUCUCGUCUGCAGGGAACAGCCGAACCUCAGACCUCCGCAAUCAGCCGAGACACAGGCAAGUCAGACCCAGCCAGCGGAGACAUCCCUCCCGCAGCACCAGGACAACCACGGAGCCACCGCCAGGUAUCGCACUCUGAGCAGAGCAACCAGGGAUGCCCGCUCGCUCUUCUUUGGCAAACGUACCGUUACCAAAGGUGACGGACCAGCUGCUUGCUUCUACACGAGGGGCAAAGCCAAGGUGAAGGUCUGCUCAGGCAGAGCUCCUCCAGGCAGCUGCUGUUAUCAUACCUCUGUGAGGCAAGCACUGCCUGGCGUGCCAAGGAUCAGACCUCGGACAGUGGUCACGUUGUGCUACUUCACUUACUUCUUAGGUUGUAAAAUGUUUUACUUUAUUGGUGUAUUGGGUACCAGGUGGGGAUCCUCACCUGUGAGCGGCAGAAUGAACCUGCAUCGCAGCAUCGCUGUGUGCUCUCACAGCAACGGUCAUCUGUGACUGAGAGCAAUUUUGUAUGGACUUCAGGUAGAUUCAGAGAGGCUACAGGGGCUGUGUCACCCGCUGUAUGCAAAUAGCGACCACCGAGAUGAACCGUGUGACUGGAUGUGCAAGCUGGGAAAGGACAGAAGCAUGGACAAAAUAAUAGCUGGUGGUCUCCAUGAAGAACGUAAAGCAAAGGUGGACGUGUGGCUGACCCAGUCUUCCUAGUCGUCUUCUGCAGAGCAGACAAUCUAAUAACAUCAACACUGGUGCCCUUCCACCACCAAUUUUGA